AUGGCUUCCAAUCACGUGCCCAGUGACCAAGUCCCGCUGCAGGGUCAGAGCAUCUAUACGGACCCUUCGUCCUUCAGCUUCUUCCCCAAUAAUAUCGAGCGCUAUGGUACCCCAUCUUGGGAAGCACAGCUGCACCAGAACACCGCCUUGACACCGAACUCAUCGAACCAGAACUGGCACGGUACAUACCCCCAACAGGUCUUCAACACACACAGCCAGACAUACGCAGGCCAAACGCAAGCCUUCCGAACAGCAUCGCCCUACCAGUACGGCCAGUUCACCCAACAUGGAACGGCAGGCUCCUUCGGUCAUGCUGGUGCAGUCGAUCCAUCACUAGGCCUCAACCCGAGCGGCCUCCGUCAACAGCAACAGUCUCCCUACCCGGUGCCAGUACGAACCGCAACACCUUCCAGCCAGUCUGGAACAGUGGCCCCACAAGCACUACAACAACUUCAGAACGCACGUGCUUCCGCGUCCCCCUUCCAGGUACCCAAAAGCACCACCGAACAAUUCACGCAACAAGCGAUACAAGCAGCACCCGCUAAACCAGUUCGCAAUCCGGCGUACGAGAUCCCCAGAGGCAAGAAGUCGGGUGGAUUUUAUGUUCUUGACACAGCUGUGUUGGCGAAAGCCACCAACUCAACGCCGCUGAAUAAACUCGUGACUCUCGCUGUAGAACCGAUCGCCUUGUCAUCCAACAGAACUGCACUGCCUUUGUACACCGCCCGCCAAUCCAUCAAGGAACUUAAGAAGAUCGGAGCCGACAACAAGAAGCUUCUUGCUAAGCUAUCCUCGUCUAAGUCUUCGCUCUCAAGAGCAAUCAAAUUCAGCAGCAAGAACAAUGCUGGCAGCCCUGGCAGCCUGAAGCGCGAAGUCAGCGACAGCUCAGAUUACACAGAUUCUUCGGAAGACGACAGCGAAUACAGUGACUCUGAAGACGAAGAAGUGUCACCGCUUCCUGCGUCGAGACCUGACGAUGAUCCUCACAAGGCUGUUUGUUACGAUGUCAUCAAGGCAUCGUGGUUCUCGCCUAGGUCUCCCAUGAAUUCAGAAAAAAUCAAGUUCAGCAUGCGCGACCUUUGGGAAGUGCUGAACACGAUUCAAAAGCGUUGGCGGGCUGACAGCAAGGCGGUCGCCGAGGCGGAGGAAGCGAAGAAGAUUGGUGAGCUACCCACUUUGAAGAGCCGUGUCACAAGUCAGCGAGACUUGCUGCAGACUGCCCUCAAGGCCGCACUUGAACAUGCACAUCCCGAUGUUCUGUACCAUUUGGGUCAAGUGAAACCAUUCUUGUAUCUCUGUUAUCAAUUUCUGGCGAACCGCUUCAAGGCUAAGGAUUUUGAUGGGCCACUACCUUCGGCUAUCUAUGAGAUUCUGGCCAAAUGUGGUACUCUCACCACUGAGCUGGUCGAGGAGACCAAGGUGUCCAAAGCAUUGGUUUCCAUGAAGAAACAAGCAAAUGACAAGAACAAAGCCUUUAUUCAACAGAUUGUUGAUGCCGCAGCUGCGGGGUCCAAGAAGGCCAAAGCAAAUUCUCCACCUGCAGCAGAGACAACAGAGGCCAAGGGCGCAAAGCGACCUGCAUCUGAGCCUGCUGUUCGCACUGCAGGUGAAGGGCUCAAGAAAGUCAAGCCAGCUGAAGCAUCUACUGUCACCGUCAAAAAAGAAGCCGCCGUUGGAGUGCCAAAACCUACAGCGGCGGCUGCAAUUGCUGCUGCAUCGAAACGACCGGGCGAGAAGUCCAUAGGUGCACCGGCUCCUGUUCGGGCCCGUGUGAAUCCGGUCACGAACAAAUCGUCGAGUAUAUUCGCAUCUCUCAAUGCAGCCACCAAGAAGCCGGCAGCAACUGCUACGGCCCCGAUGGCUACAAAGUCGACUGUGCAGCCCAAGACUGCUGCAGCGGCAGCUAAAGAUAAGAAGCCUGCUACAGCGGCCGCCAAAUCGGCAGCCUUCUCCUUUGCAUCGACCAUGGCGGCGCUCACCAAACCUAAGGAGGCGGAGACUGCGCCAACCAGGACCGAGAAAGACGUGCCAAACGAGACGCCCGAGGAGAAAGCGAAGCGAAUGCGCAAGGAAGCCCGGCGCCAUCUGCGCGUUACCUUCCGUCCAGAUGCUUCUCUGGUAGCGAUCAAGUACUUCAGUCAUGACCCCGAAGAGGAGCUUGGGCACGACGAAAACUUCACUCGCGAUGCGGGCGAUCUCGGAGGUGAAGGUCACAUGUUCAAGCAACAUAAGGAGCUUGAAGAGGAGGAGGACGACGACGAUGACGAGACCGAGUACCGACCCUGGACGGAGCCAUCUCAGGUCGACUUCAGUGUCGUUGAUCCAGAGGAGCGCAAGCGCAACUAUAUGCCCUACGGUGGAGGUGAGAACGUACCAACUUGUCCCGAGAAGGAGGCAAACGAGCGGCGUGAAAACGAUAUUCUAAUGGUGUUCUACACGAGCCCCGCUGACAUCCCACCUUCGCCUCACGAGCCUCCAGAACAGACAGAGGACAACACAACGACCGUGACGAUAUUCGGGACGCCUCCUGACAAGUGCUUGAACAGGGCUCCGAAGGCAGCAGCGCCUACAGCGCCAGCCGACUUGGACUUUAGCAAACUUGAGAGUAUUGUUGCUCAACUCGCCAACCAGAACCAAUCUGCCGCUGCUGCACCCGUGUCUGUGCCAGCACAGCCAACGUACGCGCCGCCUGCACCAGCUCCUGCUUCAGGGCUCGACCUUGCGGCUCUUUUGGCUUCCUUUGGACAACAACAGCCUCCUCCUUUACCUGUACAAACACCUGCGCCCGCUCCGCCACAGUUCCCGGCCCUCUCAGCUCUUCCAGCUGGUGUGCCGCCUCCACCGCCUGGCGCGCCCCCAGCCGAGAUGGCGGCGUUCCUAGCUGCGAUGCAGGCGCAAGGCGGUGCCCUCCCACCAAUGCCGCCUGGCUUUCCUCCCAUGGCCUUCUCUGGUGCACCUUUCUCAUUCCCACAAGCACCGCAGCCGGAUGCCACUGCAUACCAGCAACAGCCGCCGGAUCAGUACUACCAGCAAGACUACCAGCAAUCUAACGGUGGCACAAAACGACCCCGUGACGACGGCAACAACAAUGAUCGAAACGGUCAGGGCAAGAAACACAAGGCUGGUGUUGGUGGAAAGCCCCACAAAGUGCUCGCGUGCAAGUUCUUCCAGAAGGGCACCUGCAACAAGGGCGAUAACUGCACGUACAUCCACGACCUCAACAUGUAA